CGCUCAGUCAGUGAAACAAAUCGGAGCACUAACAACAUAAGUCGUAAGUCUCAGUAGCGCCAAGAGGGCGAAAAUGACGAAGCUCUAACUGAGGAAGCCCCUCCCAAUAGCAAAAAGAAUACUUAUGGCUCUGCAAUGCGUGAUCAAACCUAAGAUGUGGUUGGGUCUCAAGCAGAUACUCCUCUACGUGGGCCUCCUGCUCUGCGUGCUGCUCCAGGUGUGCCGCAGCAAGACCCAGUUGCAGAUGUACUGCCCCACAGUCUGUCAGUGUGAUCUCCAUGAAAAACGCAAUCGAGCGGUGUGCAGUGCCAAACGCUUGAUAAGUGCCAAUAUAGAAAUGCCCAAAACGGUGGAGUUGUUGGAUCUGAGCUACAAUGAUAUCACCAGCAUAGACGAUGACUCCUUCCAGAGCACAGUUCACUUGGUUAACCUCACCCUGGCCCAUAAUGCCAUCCACACGCUGUACGUUGAUGGCUUUGCGGAGCUGCGGAGAUUGCGACACUUGGAUCUGUCCUACAACCGCCUGGAACAAAUCGACGAACACCUGGUGGAGUCCAAUGCCCAGUUGAUUCAUCUCAAUCUGGAGGGAAACAAGCUCGCCACCCUGGGGACUGGUCCACUGCUGAGGAGCCCUUCGCUGCGCUCCCUCAACUUGCGCAACUCUCGGAUCAACCAACUGGGCGCAGAGCUCCUGAGUGCCCUGCCCCAGCUGCGCCAGUUGGAUCUUGCUCAGAACCUUCUCCUCACCCUGAGCUCGGGGGUUUUCCACGCACCUCGCUACCUCGCCUCACUGAAUCUGGAGGAGAAUCCCUUCAACUGCGAUCGCGCCUUGACCAAAGUGUCCACCGGACUGCGUCAGCGAGGAGUGGCCAUCUUCAUGAGUGACUGCGUUGAGGAGGAACCACAGCCACCGCCGGAGGAGGUCCAGCUAGAGCUGCAGGAACGGCAGACCAUGAAAUUCGAACGCAUCAAGAACCUAGAGGCCACCACCCAAGAGGGACCGCAGUCUGUGCUGGCGGUGUGGCGGGAGCUGGACUCUAGCGAGGAGAACAGCGACGAGGAGGAGGAACAGUCUGCCCUCAGUGACGUCUGCGAGGGCAGUCGGGAGAAGCUUUGUAUGCGGUAUCGCACCUGCCUGGAGCGGGUGAGCCACCAGCUGCUUGCCGGCGGAGAUCCGCUGGCAGAUGAGAUCGAACGCACUCACACAUACGACCCGGAUGACCUGAAGCUGGCGUUUAUUGUGGGUGGUGCCACUGGCAUCUGCAUGGUCAUAUUUAUCAUCACCUUUGCCCUGUGCCUCAAGAGUUGCUGCGAGAUGCGGAAGAAGAAAUCCACACAAGAGUCUUCCGAGGGUGAAACGGGUCCAUCGCAGGAGACCUUGCCCACCAUUCACACCUGGUCGCCUCAGAGGACUCGCAAUCCACGCCGUUCCAACACCCAGCGUUCCACGCGCGCAGUCGUCCGCCAGCCCUACGGUCCGCAGGACAGCUUUGUGAGCCGCCUUUUUGGCCGUCCGGCCCGUACUCAGUACUAUCGAACCAUCAACCAGAACACCGCCACGCUGAUACGUCGCCUGAGCCGCAGCAACCUGUUCAGCAGUCGCGAUCGGGAGCGCUCUACUCCCACAACCCCACUUGAGGCCACAUCACGAUUCUAUACGGACGAGAUGGAAGGAGCAGCGGCUCGCCCUGAGACGCCGCCACCCAACUACGGGGACGUCGUGGUCAUCGAUAAUUGUGAUAACAAGUGAAAGGCAAGGAAAAAAAACUUCGAUUCAGCUAACAAAUGCUCUUCUAUAUGCCUCAUUUAUUAUAAUUUACCUACAUAUUGUACUCGUGUCUACCAUAAUUAUUAUUUGAAACAUUAACGUUUUAUUCCGAGCCCGUUUCGAGCAGCCUGCUUAUGUAUAUUUAUGUCUGUUGGCCAACAAAAGACUUAUUGCUCAAUUAAAAUAAUGCUUUGUAUUGGUUAUUCCAUA